AUGUGCCCUACCACUCCUUCUACCGAGAUGACGACUGCAUUUCCUCUUCUCCGUCUUCCAUACCUUGUGCUUAUGCCUAUAUUGGAACAAAUGGAAUUUAUGGAUAGAAUUACACUUUCGGUUCUCUCCAAACGAGCCAGAAUGUUCGUGAAACUUCUCAAAAUGAAGUGUAAUCAUAUAAAUUUAACACUCAAGCUUGGCACUAUCAAGAUGCAAGUGUGUUUUGAUAACAGAGAAGAAUUGAAAGUGAAUAUGUACAUCCAUAAAUAUAAAGUUGAUUUGAGAUAUGGAAAUGAUCACAUCUCUUGGUGGCCCGGACUACCUCCAAUGCACUACGUCCUUCCGAUUAUGGACGUUACUCACUGCAACUCGAUUAAGCAGUUCAUAGUCGGUAGAGUAUGUGAAUACGACACUCUCCCAAUCCUCGCGAAACUUCAAAAAAUUAAUGAAGUCAUUGUUGAGGACUCCAUUUCGUACAGCUUUUCUCCGGAAUCUCCGCUUGAAAACGUUUUGAAAAACGUUUUGCCAGUGUCUUCUGCAGUGACUAUUUCCGCUGAUGCCGAUAAAGCCAAAUACCUCCGAGAAAUUUUCAAAGGGAAUUUUGUCGCAGUGACAGUAAGAGGUUUGAUCCAAGUCGCGCCAUGA